ACGUACUGUGCUCUGUAGCAUGACGUAGAAACAUGGCGUUUCUGGUGAAAGGAGGUGGUGUUUGGUUUUCCUAGCAAUUCCGAAAUUGCUUCUUUAGAACACCUUGUGAAAAUGGUAGGAUGAUACUUGUAAAGGCACGUUAUAGCCGUAGAGCGGUAAAUUGUGUUGUUGGCAAAUGAAUGUAAACUGUAAGAUAAUCCUGCUGGCUCUUGUUAGCUCUUACGAGCUACCAGGCUAAUUUAUAACAACAGUCUCCAUCUAGCAUAGUUAGUAAGCUAGCUUGCUAACGUUACCUUCUUUAGCUGUUUGUUAACUGGCUAGUAUAGCUAGCUGGGCAGUAAAAAUAUAUUCAAUGAAGUCCUGCAGGUGCUGGCAUUUACCUGUAACACAAUCUCCGCAUAGCAUACACGUUUUUUGAUACAAGUGUUUAAAUCUGGUUGUUAUAGCUAGCUAGCUAUACGAAUUGUGAUUGAAUAUUUGGGGGACUACCUGGAGAAGUCAAGCCUGUACAGGAUGGAGAGCCAUCAUGGAUGUUUGUUGUGGCUGGGGAUAUGGACUCUGCAGUUGACAACGUCGCUAGUUCAAUGUGUUCCACUUCCGUAUUCAGACAGAGUGGAGUUGGGGGAGGAGGCUCUCCAGUUGUCUCUGUUGGUGUCUGUCUGUGCUCUGGUGGUGCUGGUCCUGGUGCUCUUCAACUGUGUCAGCUGCUGCAAGGAGCGUGAGAUCAACUUCAAGGAAUUUGAGGACAACUUUGAAGAUGAGAUCGACUUCACCCCUCCGGCGGAGGACACCCCCUCCAUGCAGUCCCCAGCGGAGGUGUACACUCUGGCUGUGCCCCCCGUCGCCAUGCCAGGGCCGCCCCAUUUGGACCUGCCCAGGAUUGCAGAUGGAUCUUCGGGCCCACAUGUUGCUCGCCACACCCUCAGUUACAUCCAGGAGAUCGGCAGCGGCUGGUUUGGCAAGGUUCUGCUAAGUGAGAUCUACGCUGACCCAGGCGCCUCCAGAGUGGUGGUCCAGGAGCUGAAGGCCAACGCUGGUGCCAAGGAGCAGAAUGACUUCCUCCAGCAGGGAGACCCCUACAGGGUCCUCCAGCACCCCAACAUCCUCCAGUGUCUUGGCCAGUGUGUGGAAGCCAUUCCAUUUCUGCUAGUCUUUGAAUACUGUGACCUGGGCGACCUGAAGAGUUACCUGGCUCAGCAGGACUGGCGCUAUGGGAAGGCUGAGCUCCUGCAGCUGCAGAGGAUGGCCUGUGAGAUCGCCGCUGGGGUCACCCACCUCCACAAGCACAACUUCUUGCACAGUGAUUUGGCCCUUAGAAACUGCUUUUUAACUGCUGACCUGACAGUUAAAGUUGGGGAUUAUGGAAUAGGACCGUACAGAUAUAAGGAGGAUUACAUCACUACGGAGGAGGAUCAGCUGGUUCCUCUGCGCUGGCUGGCCCCUGAGUUGGUGGGGGACCUCCAUGGUGGCGUCAUCACCGCAGAACAAACCAAGCCUGGCAAUGUGUGGUCAUUGGGCAUAACAUUGUGGGAGCUGUUUGAGAAUGCCAACCAGCCCUACCCUCACCUGUCUGAUAGAGAAGUACUGAACCAUGUGAUCAGGGAUCAACAGAUCAAACUCUUCAAACCACAGCUGGACCUGCCAUACUCUGAGAGAUGGUACGAGGUGCUGCAGUUCUGCUGGCUGCCCCCAGACAAGCGGGCCACGGCGGAGGAGGUCCACCGUCUGCUGACCUACCUGCGCAUGCAGGGCCAGAAGGACGUGGAGGACGACUUCGAGCAGCGUUGGAACGCCCUCCGGCCGAACCCCUGCGCCCGCCAGACUACGGUCAGCCACUCGUCCUUCCCCAUCCUGGAGACGCUGGACGAGGGCGGCGAGCCGGACGAGAUGCUGACGGUCACUGAGACCAGCCGAGGCCUCAGCUUCGAGUACGUGUGGGAGGGCGCCAAGCAUGACCACUACGACAGCCACAGCCGCGCCGCCAUGGACUCCACGCUCAACUACAACAGCGUCUUCUUCCCCGUGCCUAGCCAAGACAUCCACGCCCUCUUCCCUCCAGCGGCGAGCGAUUCUGGAGCGCAUCAUCAGCAUCAGCGCGUUAGUCCUCCCGCCCAGGGAGUGCCAGGUGUCCUGCCGGUGUUCGACGCCCACGAGGUGGCCUCUGGGAAGGACUACUACAUCCAGCUGGAGGACCAGGAGGAGAGCACCACCGACUCGCAGGACCUGGUGGCCAAGGCUGAGCCGCCGCCCGAGUCCCAACAGUUCCUGAUGCUGCAUGACUCGCGCAUGGACGAGUCGAGCACCGAUGCAGACUUUUUUCAUGGCAGCAUGGACUCCAAGGACUCCUUCAUGCCGGACAGCCACACUUGGUCUUCCAGUGAGCAAGAGAGUCCGUUCCACACCAACAUAUUCAGCGAGGGAGACUCGAAGCUAGAGGAGCCCCAUUCGUGGAGGACUGGGUUCCUGGAGCUUCCAGAUAUGAGUGGACACAGCAACGGUGGCUUCCAGCAGGGGAACACUGCUGCCCAGGCCAAGACACAGGCCCAGUCCCAGAACACAGAACAGAACAGCCUGGCUUUUUUAGGACCGGAGGGACGGAGAAACAUGUUGGUGGAGGACUGUGAGCUGGACGAUGCAAACGCCUUGAGGCUUCUGAACGCUGAGAAGCUGGCCGACAACUUCCUGUUUCUCAAGGAGAAAAGUUUAAUGAAGGAGAGCCCAGAUUUGGGCAAAUUGGACCAGAACGCUAACUCUGCUGGCAGUGCAAUCACAAGCAUCUUCGAGAGUGAAGAGCUCACGGAAAAAGCAUCCGUAACUGAGGACACUGCAAAAUCUGUAGCAAAUGUUGCCCCCCACUCAAAUGCGGAACUGCUGCACUUUUCAGGCCCUGACUUUGGGGCGCUUCUGCAGCCUUUAGGAAAUGAAACUCUGGUGCCUUCGAAACCCUUGCUUUUAGGAGAGGCCUGUAGUAGCAACCUGUCGCCUGUCAGUAGUGCUUUUCCUAGCGACCUAGCGCCGCUCUCUCCUGGCUCUGAGAUCUUUUUUGCUCUUUCCUCUACCUCCCCCAGUGCAGAGGCCCUCACAGGUUCAGUCCCAGUAUGUCUGGCCACUGGUCCCCAGUCCCCUGUGCUCAGUCCAAGUGCCACUCCAGAAAUGACGUGCGCCGUUGCCAAAACGCCCAGCAUUGAAGGCCCCUUAGACCACUUUCAGGAUCACAUGCAACAACACAUAGAAACAGACUUUGCAGAACUAAAUCAUGCCUCUUCCUCAGAACCCAUUGGCUUGUUAGCUGAAGACAAAGACCCAUACAGUGCUGUUUCUCUGACCGACUCCGCUGUAGAUGUAGAUAAAGGCUUGGAUGCAGAAACGGAUCACCUGCCGCCGUGCACCGAUGAGGAGAGCAGCUUUGCAGACGGUCUGUCUCAAGACAGGACCUCUCUACAGGUGUCCGAACCCUGUUUAGACCAGAUCAGUCAGGACAGCCUUCUGGACGACAGCCUUUCUUCCCCACUGCCAACCAUGGAGAACUCCGCCGAGACGCCAGACUCCCUGGACUCUCUGGACAUCCACAGACUCGGGGGUCAGGAGGAGACCCUUAGCACCCCAGCUCCGUGCAAGCUGCAGCCCCCUUACAAGACGGCCGACAGCGGCUACGAGACGGAGAACCUGGAGUCUCCGGAGUGGAACUCUCAGCUGAUUCAGGACGACGCCUCCAGGGAGAGCGAAGCCAGCUCCUCAGUGGAAGUCCCCUCUAUGCCACUGGUGCCCCCGGAGAUCGUCGUGUCCGAGGUCGAGAACGGACACGCAGUGGACGAGGAAGCGCAGCAACAGGAAGGCGCAGCAGACCAGCAGGAGGAAGCUCCCCCUUCCGACGUCUACAUCACAGGCAGCUACAGAGACUCGGCCUACUUCUCCGACAACGAGCUGGAGACCGACAGGCGGUCCGAGGAGACCAAUGGGGGGACUCCCGUCGAGGCCCCGGCCUGGCUCGGGGAGUCUGCCGAAGCAGAGCUCCGCAACAGCAGUAAUGCAGUGACGCCUCCUCAGGAGACCCUGCACCAGGAGAUGCUCGACUCCCUGACUGGGACGUCACAAGGCCUGUCUGAUCCUGCCUCUGGCCUCAUUGAUGCCGUGCUCCCAGAGUCCACAAGGAACGGCGUCCCUGAGCCUGUCCUUGGGGCAGAGACGGACCGUACGGAGGACAGCCUGGUGUCUGCUGAAGCUCCUCAGAAGGAAGCCCAGAAGACCGCUGGUUUCUCUGAUGUGUGUCCUUCCCCAGCAGUCUCCGCUGCAAGCACAGAACCCUCAGCGAAGGCCUCCUCCAAUGUCACGGAACACUCUCCGAGGCCUCCGCUGGACAACAUGGGCCACGCCAAGCUGACCAGAACGUACGCCGCUGAAAUCACCCGUCGGAAGGAGCCGGACAGCGAGGGGAGGUACCUGAACCGCCGGGACGGCGCGGGGGAGGACGGGCGCGAGGACGGAAUGGACGCGGACGAGGAGGACGAGAACAGCGACGACUCGGACGACGAGCGGCACAGCGCUUACCGCCUGCACAGCAGCAGCGAGGAGAGCGAGGACGACGUGGAGCACCCGGUUCCACAGAUCAUCUCCGACAGCAGCGACGCGGGCCACCUCAAGAGCCUGCUCAAGCCCACGUCGCUAGCAGUAGACAAAGCCUCCGCAGCGGCAGACACCAGCGACAAUGACGGCUCUAAAAGAGCCGUGUCCUUUUUUGAUGAUGUCACUGUCUACCUCUUUGAUCAGGAGACUCCAACUAAAGAGUUGGGAGACCACACUCUUGGUUCCAACAGUCAGGUGUCAGAAUUCAGCAGCCCUGCACAGUCCACUGGUUACCUGAACAGGUUCACUAACUCCACAGAGAGCUCCACUGAUGAAGAAGGUGGUGGCUUCGAGUGGGACGAUGACUUCUCCUCGCCCGAUUCCUCCUUCCUCGCCAAGGCGGCCAGUGAUGUGGCAGCCUCCAAGCCCUCGCCCAUAGGUGCCUCACGCUACUUCUCUCCACCGCCCCAGAACCGGGGCCCGGAGACCAGCUGGACCAGCUCCUCCUACUCCCGCUUCUCCAUCUCCCCAGCCAGCAUCGCCAGCUUCUCGCUCACACACCUCACCGACUCCGACAUAGAGCAAGGGGGCAGCAGUGAAGAUGGAGAGAGGGACUAAGGGGAGGGAGUCUCGGCAUUGAGCUAUUGGAGAGGAAGUCGCCCUGACUGGUCAGGCUUUGCAAACCUCUCCCUACAGACAGUGCUUAGGACUGCAGCUUCAGACCAAUCCCUUUCACUUUACUGCGAACGCCACCACUUGCACCCUCUCUAUCAAGAACUCUUUUGGUCAUCUUCAUCCAACCGUGGUAAGGAUUAUUUUGACUUAAACGUGAUCCUUUGCAUCUCGGAUCAUUCCUCUCUGUGCAAUCAAGACGUCAUGGAACAUUCUGCAUUCUCCCGAAAGAGAUGGCAGGAGACACACACACGCAAGCAAACAAACAAACAAACACAAAGGUGUUGAACUUCAAGAGCUUCCCCAGUGUCUUACCUGGUAUCUGUGUGCGCUCUUACAUACUCUGUACUUACACUGUACACACUCUUAGCUACAGAUAUCUGCUUUAAACGUUGACGGUUGAACUUGAAUCAUCUUGUUUUUUUCUCAGUGACACUGGCAACACUGGCUGUCCUCUCAAGCUACUAGAUAAUAGAGAUUUCCUGUUCUGUGUCGAUUGCCUUUUUCCUUUGAAGGAGAUGUUUUCAUUUUCCCCUAUAGAAAAAUACCACGCAGUCUGCGUUCACUUGAAUCUCAGCGUCGACGUGAGUCUUCUAGUCUUCUUCCUGGGUUAGGUUGCGGUGUUAAACCAGAACAAUGAGUUUGCAGCUCAGUGUUACCUCAUGGGAAUGGGGCACUGCUGAGGCCCAGCCAGGGAAAUAACGCAGCUAUGACUGUUUAUAUCUGGUGUGGUCUUAACCCAUAUGCCGUGGACACUCACAAGAGACCCAUCGUUCACUCACCCGUGCUGAGGAUAUGACCCUCCGUACACUGAACCAAUCUCAAUCUCAAAUCUCCAUGCACCUCGCAUUGCCCGACAUCAGUCGACCUGCAUUGUGCCUACACCAUUUUGCCCCCUAAUUCACACACAUACACACUCCACGUUUUAGAAACGCAACCACUAAUCUGGUGGAUAUCAUGCCAUAUGCUGAAAUGCUUAGAGGGCCGGUGAUUUGUUUUCAAUAAGAAAAUGUAAUAUGAAUUGUCUUCAUAUUUGCUCUGAAGCUGGGGGUACAGUGACUCUGAUGGUUUCAAACAAAACCUACUGUAAGACUUCCUGUCAAAGCUUCCCUUUUCUUUCUGUGGUGAGAUCAAAAGGGAAUUGGUUUGGGGUCAGAAGAUUCCUUCUGUCUUUCCCAUGUCAAACAUGUUAAUGAUGCUGAAGGACAAAAUGUAAAAUCUUGUAUUUAUUCUGUGCUUUUCAAUCAGAAUAGAGAGGUGGAGGGCACUUCUGUUGUAGAGCUUUCUGUAUCGUGCCCUAUUUUAGUAAACUUUGGACAGCAAAUCUUCUCCACAGGUGAAAUUGGGGAAUUCCCCCUGCUCAUGCCCUUCCAUGGUAAAUCAUUUCAUUGGGCUUUGUUUGUGUGUAUAUAUUAAAUUAAUAAAUUUCAAGCAAGAUAAGCUGAUUUUUCCCAUUAUCUUGACUGAAAGUUAUGAAUUAAAUUGAGUUCUCUCAACACGGGUCUGUAGCAGCUAGCUGUCACACAGUUGUGUUAUGGUGGCUGAUGGUGUUGACUAGAGUGUGAAUGGAUCUGCUGAAGUAACAGGUGGAUGGCCUUUGUUUAAUUCACAGACAGAAGUCCCAUAUUUUAGCAAACCUACAUCCGUAUUACCAGCAGUCUCUGUGAGUUGAACAUUUUAUUUAAGGAAAUGACCAUUUUGUUUUGUUUCUUUUCCCAUUGUAUAUUGCUUAAUCUUGCACAUCUGAAAAGUGUAACUUAAAUGUUAAACUGUACUCAUGUAUAUAAACGUUUAAUUUUGUCUGUAAAUUGGGAAUGGUGUAAGCUCUAGUUUGAGGUUUCAAUUUGUAAUUUAAGGUGAAACAAAUGACAACAUAUCAUGGUUUUGAAUGAUGUGAAGAUAAAGACGUUUAAAUUAAGGACAAUGACCAGAAGAUGCAGUCAUGCUGUGUCUGUAUGCGUAACUUGUACAUUUUAAAAAUUGUGCUAUUUUUACUUAAUAUUGAUGAUCCUAUGUAGUGUAAUUGAAUGAAUUGUUUAUAAUUACACUGUUUAAUAUGGAAAUAAAUGAAAAUGUACUUCUGCA